AUGACUUCAAAAAGUACAAUAAAUCACGCGUCUGUGGAUGUUAACCAAUUAAAAGAUGUGGUCGAAACGAAAAAAGUAUCGCGAAAGUCGAGCGAAUCAAAGCACAGCAAAGGUAGACGAAGUCAAAGCUUGGAUCGUGUAUUGGACGAUAAUAGCGGCGAUUCACGAGAAGAGCGCCGAAAUCGAAGGCAAUUCAUGCAUUUGAUUUCGGAAAAAAAUGAGCAAAUCGAAAAGUUGAUGAAACGUGUAACGACAUUGCAUUCGCUGAACAAUGAAUUCGCCAUUGAACAUGAAAAACUUGAAACAGAAUUGCAAGAAUUUCAACAACGUUGCGCCGAUUAUGAAGCGGAACGUGAAAAAGGCUGUGACUCAUGCCGUUCAUUGGCCAAACAAAAUAAGGAACAUCAAUUGGAAAUCGAUCGGCUGGCCAACGAAAGUGAACAGCUCGUUAGCGAUAUUAAUAUGAUGAAAGUGCUCAUUUAUCGAUUGAAUGUACAAUUGGAAAACUAUCAAGAAAUGCUUCGCAAACAAGAUAAUGAUGGAAAACCAUCAGCUCGCACACGAAAUCACCACCAUGCUGGCCAUGAGACAAUUUCGACUAUCAAUUACGAAAAUAUUACGUCAAUCGAUUGGGGCUGCGUGCAGUCACAUGUUUUAGCACCACUUUUAAAUGCAUACCAAGAGACAAUUCGAGAGAAAAUGAAUUUAGUAAAGCAGUAUGAGGCAGAGCUGAAUCAAAUGACCGGGCGAAUAAAGGAUAUUUUGACCGAAAACGAAGCACUUUGUACACAAAUCGAACAAAUGAAACAAUACAGCGAUACGUGGACAGCGGAAAAAGUUCAACUAAAGGCACAACUGGACGCAUGCAGAAAGAAAGCCGAGAUUCAUUCGAAAUCAGGUGAUUUGGCCAAGGAAAAAUUGAUGGAAGUGAUGCGUUACUAUGAGCAAAAGAUCCAGUCGCAAUCGAUUGACAUCCAACGUUUGCAGGAAGCAUACGGCCGUUUGAAGGGUGAACAAAGCAAUUGCAAGACGAUGCAUGAACAACCCGAAUUGGUUAUUGAACGGUUGAAAGAAUGUCAAAGAUUGUUUGACGAGACGAAAGCGCAAUAUGAAGUGGAGAAAAACAAAUUGAACGACGAAAUAAAUGCACUGAAAGAAAUGAACCAGAAAAUCGAAGUUGAGAGCCAAAGUUUCAAGCUAAGAAUAACGGAGCAAAAUUCGGUGAUUGAUUUACAAAAAGAGAAACUUGGAAAAUUCGAAAAGAAACUAGAGAAAUUACGUCAUAAGUUUUUGCGUUUGCGACAAUCGCGUGAGGUAAUAAAAAGCCGCUUGCGAAGUGCCAUAACCUGGAAUCGAAAGAUUGAAGCAGCCGCAAAGACAAUAUCCUGGCAAGAUUUGCGUAAAAUCGAACAAAUGCUGAUCCAAAAAGAUUAUCAACUGCAACAAUUUCGCAUUCAACAUCAAAAUGAAAUGGAAAAACUCCAGCGAAAAUUGAGCCGGCGAGACGAAUUGCUGCGUAAAUUGCUGCUAAACAAAGUGAAGAAGAAAUAAUUUGCACAAACAUAUAAUUUAUA